AUGGACUCGUUGCAGCCCCACGCGGACGAUGAUGUCCAGCAUCGUCUCGCCGCGGCCCUCGCCGCCUCGGGAGAAUCCUCGCUCACUUCGCCCAAGUUUGCCGCCUACCUCGAUCAGCAGGAGACCGUCUCGCGUUCGGAUCAAUUCAGUUUUCCCUCGGUUGCGACAGUGCGUCCGCCGGGUGUGGCCAGGGCCACUGUCUCGAGCUCGGCGCGAGACUCGGAGCCAAGCGUCUAUCUCGCCGGCAACAGCUUGGGUCUCAUGCCCAACUCGACACCCAAGUUGAUACAAGAGGAACUCGAGGCCUGGAAGUCACAGUGAGUACACAUCGCAUCGGAUUGGUCUGGAAUCGUGCGCUGUGUCCGAGGCCGCUGCUGCUGCUGACGACACCCGCCCCACCCCCCGUUGCCCCCGUCCGUCCGUGCGCACCCCCACACCUGCACAACCCCACCUCGUCUUCUCUCGCCUCCCGCGCUCUCAUUCGGUCCCGCGUACGACAGGGGUGUUUUGGGCCACGUCGAGCAUCCCUACGAACGUCCUUGGGUCAAAAUUGACGAGAUCGUCACCCCGAUUUUGGCCGAGAUCGUGGGUCAGUCCUUGCCCCGGUUUUUUCGAUUUCUCCGAAGUUCGCUCGGCCACGGUGGCUGAAAGCUACUUGCUAUCUUUGGGGAUAGGGGCCAAACCCUCCGAGGUCGCUUGCAUGGGUUCCCUCACCUCCAACAUCCACAUUCUUUUCACGACCUUUUACCGUCCGACCUCGGAUCGCCACAAGAUCUUGUACGAAGGUAAGGCUUUCCCCUCGGAUCAGGUACGUCCCGGCCCCUUCCGCGCACCCCCGCCUAUGGACUCGCCCACGAGCUCACGUUGCCUGUCUGUCGACUUAUUACAUGCAGUACGCUUUCGCCUCCCAAGUCGAGAUGCGUGGUCUCGCCCCUUCGUCGCUGCUGCCGAUGGACCCGCGCCCCCGCGAGUACACGCUCCGCACCGAAGACAUUCUCCACACGAUCGAAGAGCAAGGCGACUCGAUCGCCAUCAUCUGCUUUGGCGCCGUGCAGUACUACUCGGGCCAGUGGUUCGACAUGGAAACGAUCACCAGGGCUGGUCAUGCCAAGGUUAGUACCUUGCGCCGUUCCCCGUCGUGAUGUGCACCGUCGGUAGCGCAGACUGAACUCGAUCUCCUCACCUCAGGGCUGCCUCGUCGCGUUCGAUUGCGCCCACGCCGUCGGCAACGUCCCCAUCCGUCUACAUGACUGGGGCGUCGACUUUGCCGCCUGGUGCUCGUACAAGUAUCUCAACGCAGGACCGGGUGGUAUCGCUGGCCUCUACGUCCACGAGCGCUGGGCCGACAAGAAGCGGUAAGCGGCCCUACGGCCCGCCGUCCUUCUCUUAGACCGGAGAGCAGCCCCUCUGAACUUGUUGUGUCUCCUCGUGACUGUGACUGUGCAGACUUGCUGGAUGGUGGGGCCACGAUACCUCGACGCGCUUCGCGAUGCCCAAUGUCUUUGCACCGAACCCCGGCGCCGCGGGCUGGCAGUUGUCAAACCCUUCGGUGCUCGACGUCAUCUCGCUCUACAGCUCGCUGCAAGUCUUUCAGUCCCUUGGCUCGUCGGCGUCUGCGGGAUCGGCGUCGUUCAUGGCCGCCCUGAGGCACCGCAGCUUGCUUUUGACGGGCUACCUCGAGGCGUUGCUGAAGCAGAGCCCUUACUACGUCGGCAUGGAGCGCCUUCAUUUGACGGAUCGCCAGCAAGUCAAGUUCACCCUCAUCACCCCAAGCGACCCAGAGCAACGGGGUGCGCAGCUCUCGCUCCUUUUCGGUCCGCCCGAAGCAAUGGACGUCAUCUUUGACGGGCUGAGGAGCGCGGGUGUGCUCGGCGACGAGAGGAAGCCUAGCGUCAUUCGUCUCGCGCCCGUCCCGCUGUACAACUCGUUCCGCGAUGCGCACCAGGCCGCAACGAGUUUGGACGGGGUCAUUGCACACCAUGUAGCCUCCCUUUAG